GUUUAUUAGAAAGGCUCGUGCGUAAACGCGGCGCAGUGAGAGGCGCGAGAGAGCGCGGAUCCUGCGCAAAGCGUGCGCACGGUUAGACCGCUCGAGACGCGGCCGUCCAGCAGUGAGCGCGUCACGCGCGCGACGCUGUGGAGGGGCAGACCAGUGGUGUGUGUCUCUGCAGGUCGUCAUGGUGACCGCCGCCUCCCGUGCACAGGUACUGUCCCUGUACAGACGUGUGCUGCGCAUCGGCCGCAGCUGGAGAGCGCAGAGCGAGCACGAGACGGAGAAAGAGAGGAAAUACAUCAGUGAGGAGGCACGAAACCUGUUCAGACAAAACCAGCAGCUGACUGACCAAGAGUCGAUCCAGAGGUGUAUAUCUGAAUGUGAAGCGCGAAUAGAAAUCGGACUUCACUACAGGAACCCGUAUCCCAGACCUCUGUAUCUUCCUCCAAUGGGUUUGGCCACUCAAAAAGGCAGGAAGCUGAGAGCCCAGCAGAGACUGAGGAAACAAGCCAAGCCUGUUUAUUUACAGUCACACGAUGAGACGUAACACACACACACACACACACACACACACACGUGCACAAAUUCUGUACUGAAUUUACUUGAUUUAAAUAUGUGCAUCAUUUCCAUGUUAAUAAAAAAACCUAAUUUAAUCACAAAGUUGAUGAAAGUGGGACUGAGUAAGUGUAAAGUGUAAAGUGUAAAAUUGUAAAGGUAUUAGAGCUGGAAUAAUCAUUUCUAUUAAAGUAAUCUUCACGUCUCCUCCAGGCAUGAAAAUGUAAAUGUGACACUUUUAAACCGUGUGAGCAGCUCAGCUGAAAGCAGAGUGACUGCACACGUCACAGCUGCCCUGUAGUCGGGUUACUGUAACACACUGAGGGGCUAAAGUAUAGAUGAGAUUUUCAACCUUAUUACAUAAAUAUAUACAGUCAUGCGCACCAGUUUGAACCACCCCUGGCAAAGUAUUGACUUUCAUUGGAUUUUAUAAGUGAAAUUAAAUGAACACGUCCUCUACAUCGGCUCAAAAAGAAGGUCCGGCCCGAUGUUUCCAAAUCAACAUCAUACUGAUGAAGAUGUGACAGUAGUAGAUAAUUCACUCACGUCCUCAGAAGACGCUCCCUCCCCAAGAUUAGCCGGAGAUCUCUUUGAAUUAUCAGAUUAAUCAGAUUCAGCGGAACGAAGCACAACCCAUGUUAAAAAUGUGGGUGCAAUUACACAUUUCCACCAGGGAGGUCUCCAAAUCCCCCAAACUUACACAGAGCAGCUUUAAAUACAUUUUUACAGAUAAAUGUUCAUCUCCUGUUUUACCCCGCCGUGUGAAGAAUAUGUGACAUCAUUUAAACUAGUGGGGAAGCAAAGUUCAAAGACUGGUCCUUUGUUUAAAUUAAACAUUGAUGACUUCAUUGACCGCAUGUCCAUCCUGUCACACAAUCAGCCUCAUUUUUCCAGUAUUAACGGCAAAGUCAUGUGAUUCACUGCUGAAAACAUGAUGUUAGAAGGCGUAUCCAGGAUUACAGGCAGUGUGGCAGCCAGAUUAGGUCUGAAAUAUUCCACCCUGUGAAUCAAAUGUAUAUUAUCAACACUAUGACUGCCUUCGGCCUCGUGUUAUGUCGAAAUGAUGUAUAAUAGUUCUCGCCUCUGUAUGUUCUGACACGGCUGAAGUAUGAUGUAAGAUUUAUUUAUUGCUUGUGUAAUAAAGUUAAAUAUGUAAUGAUCCAAA